UUGUAAGAACAUUGUCUUUUGAUGCUUGAUGCAUUCACAAGGCCUGUUUGGAGACUCAUCGUCAAAAGUCAUUGUACAGAGAUGUCGUGCAUUGAGGAGCGGGAUGCCAAAGAGCUGGAUGCCAAAGAGCUGGAUGCCAAAGAGCUGGAUGCCAAAGAGCAGAACGACCAAGAGCCGAACUGGCAAAAGCAGGACGACCAAGAGCUAGUGUCAAAAGCUGAAAACCUGCCAUGCUGCGAUUCCCAUCAUGCUAAAGUUCAUCACAUCAAAGAGCCCGACGCCCAAGAUCGGGAUACUGAAGAGCUGGACGCCCAAGAGCGGGAUACACAAGAAAUGGACGCCCAAGAGCGGAGUACUCAACACGACCAAACCCAAAAGCGGCCAUGCUUGGAUUCUAGAGACGGAAGGAGUGAGGCCGAAGAGAGUGAGGCCGAAGAAAGUGAGGCCAAAGGGAGUGACGCGCAGAUGAGUGACGCCCAAAAGAGUGAUGCCCCAGAGAGUGAUGACGGGGAGCAUCUUGCCCGAGUCCUGCGAUUUGUCAAAGUGUAUGAGCUGCUCCAACAGAUGAAGCAGCAUGACGAGCAGGAACAAGAGAGUGACGCGCGAAAGAGUGGCGUCCAAAAGAGUGACGUCCCAGAGAGGGAUGCCCAAGAGAGUGACGCAGCAGGGAGUGACGCCGAAAAGAGUGACGUCGAAGAGAAUGACACCGAAGAGAGUGAUGUCGAAGUAAGUGACGCGCAAAAGAGUGACGCGCAAAAGAGUGACGUCCAAGAGAGUGACACUGAAGAGAGUGACGCUCCAGAGAGUGAUGACCGGGAGCAUCUUGCGCAAGUCCUGGGAUUUGUCCAACAGUAUGAGCUGUUCCAACAGAGGAACCAGCAUGACGAACGGGAAAAGCGGGAUUACCAACAGGGAGACGUUCAAGAGUGGGAGAAAUUGAAAGAAAGGUGGGAGAGAUUGAAAAACCAAUGCGAGCGGGAGGUCCAACAGGUGGAACAGGGGAAGCUACGUUUCCAACAGCAAGAGGCGAACAUAUCGAAGUGGAAGCGGGCGGCCCAUAAAUGUGAGCGGGACGCCCAACUGCGGAAGCGGAAUUGUGACCAACAGUUGGAGAGGAAGCGGGCGGCCCAAAAAUGUGAGCGGGACGCCCAACCGCGGAAGCGGAAUUGUGAACAACAGUUGGAGAGGGAUGUCCAACUCCCGGAGGGUGAGCUCCAGGUCCAACAGCGAGAGCGGGAGCUGCAGGUCCAAAAGCGAGAGUGGGAGCUGCAGUUCGAGAAGCGGGAGUUGGAGCAACAGGUCCAACAGCGGGAUCGGGAGCUCCGUGUCCAAGAGCGGGAACUGCACGUCCAACGUCGGGAAUGGGAGCUGCAAGUCCAGCAGCGGGAGUCGCAGCUGAAGGCCCAACAGCGGGAUUGGGAGCUGCAGGUCGUACAGCGUGAGCAGGCGGUUCACCAGCGUGAGCGGGCGGUUCAGCAGCGUGAGUUCAGCAGCCAUAAGCAGUGUUAGUCGGACGUCCAAAAACCGGAGUUCCAAAAGUGGAGCGGAAGGUCCGACAAAUGGACGUCCCAAAAGGAGACUAGCAAGUAGCGGGCGCAGUGAGACUGCCAAAAGCACAGCCAUUCUGGGAUACUGAUUCUGAUUCUGAUGGCCAACAGCGGAAGCGGGACUGACAGUGAGAGGCCGUACACCAAAGUGAAGGACGCGGAAAUGCUGGACACAGAAAAGACGGCAAUGCUUAGAUACCGUACCAAUUUUCAAGCAUGACAUUGUACAUGUCCCUGUCCACCAACCAUCGCUGGAUGAUGGUCAGUGACGUGACAUAGAAUACUAUCGUGUACUCAUGUAUGAAUUUCCAGCAAUGUUGCAUAGCUUGUUCACAUACUGUAUACAUCGCACAUCGUGAUUACUAGCAUUUUCUUUUCUUGUCUAGAUACGUACGCCGUAUACUUCCUGUGUCAUGUCUUGUCAGCUGAACUUCGUUCUCAAUUCUCUGCCAAGUGCAAGACGAACAUGUAUUAUGCUGGAA